GACUACUUACUCCAGUAUAAAACUGAGAGCAGAAAUAUGAUCACAUACUAAGAAGUCUAAUCAAUUCUGGUUUCAACACUGAGCCUAUUUAAAAUAGAUAAUGGAAUUGCUGUUCCUUGUUCUGUUCUCUCUGCACAUUCUCAAGAUAGAGACAGUAGCUGGACAACAUUGGUGCUAUCUGUCACAGAAGAAAGAACAGCCAAACUGUGAAGACCCUCGACUCUGGCAUACAGUAAAUUCCAACUGCAAAGGAAUCAAACAGUCACCGAUCAAUAUUGUCACCAAAAAUGUCAUUUACGACGAGAGUCUGACGCCACUGCAUUUUGUAGAUUACGAUGUGAAAGGGUCUUCACAAUGGAAAAUAGCAAAUAACGGACAUACAGUUAAAGUAACAUUGAGCACAAACCCUAAAAUUGGAGGUGGAGGUCUGAUAAGAAAAUACAAGGCGGUGGAAUUUCAUCUGCACUGGGGAGUCCAAGAUGCACAGCUCUACUUUCCUGGGUCAGAGCACAGCAUAGAUGGAGAAAAACAAGCUAUGGAGCUUCAUAUUGUCCACAUAAGAGAAGAUGCUUUGGAUUUAGCAGAUGCAAAGAACUUUGCAGAUGGUAUAGCUGUGCUAGCAUUCUUUAUACAGAUUGGUGAAGAAAAUCAAAACUAUGCAACUCUAAUAAGUGAAUUAGAUAAUAUUGCAGUCAAAGGCUCAUCAUUACAGAUGGAGCCUUUGCCACUGAAUUCUCUUCUCCCACCGGAAUACGAACUUGAAAAGUACUAUCGGUACGAGGGCUCCCUCACCACUCCUGACUGCCACGAGACUGUCAUCUGGACAGUGUUUGAGAAGCCAAUUCAACUCAGUUUAUCCCAGGUUUCCCAGUUCUCAACAGUUCACUUUGGAGCGAAUAACUCGACAUUCAUGUCUGAAAAUUUUCGGCCUGCUCAGUUUCUGAACGAUCGAUCCGUGUACUGGUCCAGUGCCAGCAGCCUCCUGCCUCCCGUUAAGGGUUUAAUGUCAGUUCUGAUUCUUCCAUACAUCCUGAAUUCUCUCUUCCAAUGAACAGUUCUCACCUCAUUCAAGGUUCUGGGCUUUCAUUCUGUUUUGGUUUUGCAUCAAGUAUUCUCUCUAACCACCAACUCCUUACUUAUAUCUGAAUACAGAAUAUUAUCUCUUCCUCCUUCAUACGCUAACCAACAACUUCUGCUGCUGCUCCUACAUAAAAUGAAUCUAUUGCACUAAAUCACAAAAAUUCUAAGGAACUGUAAGAUUCAACUAUGAAGAUUCAAAUUUUAAAAACAUUAGGAUGGAUUAUCAGCAAUCCUGUAGUUUUAACACAACACUGGAAGGACACUUUACGAGUUAUAUGGAGGACUUUCGGGAGGAAUCUCUUCUUAAGUGCCUAUGAAGGUUUUUUUUUCCUGAAGUAUGUUUACAUUCAACACUGCGAGUCCAGAAGACAAACACCUAGAGGAAUUCUUAUUGUGCCUACAUUGUCCUACAUGAAGGUAAAACACAGAGCAUAAAAAUGCUCACACAAUUGAACAACACCUCAGUCAUUCUAUCCACUGAAAGAUAUGUGACAAAUCUCAUCUGUGCUAACACAUUUUUCCCCCUUCUGAUUUCAGAGUACCUAAAGUUAAUUCUUAGUAAGGAUACUGGAUUCCUUCUAUCUAACAUACUGAUUCUGCGUAUCAAGCUUCUCUGCUAGAUCUAUUUAUUCAGCCCAGUAUGACAUCCCAUUCCAGGAUGCCCAUAGCUGAUGUGAUGUGCUAUAAAGAAAAAGGGAAGCUUGUUCACAUACACUAAUUGCAAGUCUACGGAAAUUCCCUCUCUUUGCAGGGCUGUGUUUGUAGCCCUACAUGAGACUUUCAAGGUCCUUUACAGUUUUCAUUUCUAUAAUGAAAUGGAAUAGGUCAAGAACAGGCUCCUUCCAGUAUCACUUUUUCAGAAACAUUUAAAUUUCAGUUUGAGCAUUUCAGAGUAUUUCCACGAUUUUUUAAAGAAUAACAUCCUGCAAAAUACUCACAUAUGGUUAAUGUUCAUAGUUUCAAUAAGAAGAUUUCAGUGUGAAUUGAUUUCUUCAGAUCAUACCCAGUUACAUUUAGAAACACUCAGUAUAUUGGGGAAUGGAAUUUCCUUGCACUGUUCCAGCUCUCUCUCUCUGAAGACAGACAAAACUGACUGCUUUCUUCAGCUAGUGCCAUACAUGCUGCAGCUUCUUUGAGAAUUUUAGAUUUUGGCCAUGCCAAGUUUGCAUUUCAUUCUAGAGGAUUUAUACCAUUUUCUUUAGGGCAAUGUUUGCAAGGACAACACUAUGGCUACAGUCAUUUUCAGGAAAAUCAUGACAGCGUGAUUAACUACAGAUCACCAAAGAAGAGAAGUUAUUUUCAUAUUUAACAAUCAAUAAUACGAGUUUUAAAAAAACACGGGAAAGCAAAUUCAUCUUGUUAUAUUUAGAGGAAUUGUUAGGAAUUUAACUGUAUAUUUAAGUAACUGAAAAACUUUGGAGAAGCAAACAUAAAAUAAAGAUUAAAGCUGAAAAGACAAACUGUA